AUGUCGUUUGGUUUAUGUAAUGCACCAGCUACUUUUCAACGGUGUAUGAUGGCAAUAUUCAUGGAUAUGGUGGAGGGAUUCCUCGAGGUUUUCGUCGAUGAUUUCUCUGUUUUGGGGGAUUCUUUUGAUGAGUGUUUGGAUAAUCUUGAUAAAGUCUUAGCACAUUGUGAAGAAACUAACUUGGUGCAUAAUUGGGAGAAGUGUCACUUUAUGGUUGAGAAGGGCAUUGUCCUCGCCAUAAGAUCUCCAAGAAUGAUGUGUUCUAGAAGAGAAGCAAUUGGUAUUCUUGAAGCUUGCCAUUCCUCGCCCUAUGGUGGUCACCAUGGUGGGGNGAGGCAUCGCGUUCGCGAUGGUGGGGUCACGUUCGCGAAGAGGAAGUUUGGUCAGCGGAAUUUUGUGCUUCGCGAACGCGAGGCUUUGGCCGCGUUCGUGAAGGAGGAUUUUCAAGCCUGGCAGAAUGUUUAA